AUGAGAAGGUUCGCCUUCCUGGCGCUCUUAACCGAGGCUGUCCAGAUUCAAACAAAAUUAGAUUACACAGGCUAUGAAAACGACGGAGAAAAGAGAAUUUGGGAAGGAAACAAUGAGUGGUACAGGUUCAAAGCUUCUAUGUACACAGGUCUUCAAUUUGUGGACCACAAGGACAACAACGGUCGCGGAAUCGCCGAUGGAACGUUUUGGCUCGAACAUAAAACAGGGGAAUGCGAAGGUCAAGCGUGCAUGUUCUACUGGAUCCACGCGAGAAAAAACCUUGACCGAGAAGAACAAGCUCAGUACAAGUUUUAUAUAAAACUCACCGGCCCGGAUGGAACAGUCGAAGAAGCGGACGAUAUCUUUACGUACACAGUCGCAGAUGUAAACGAUAACGCUCCUUCUAUCUCGGAGAGCUCAUUCAAUCAUAUUAUCCGCGAAGAUACCGCGGUAAACCAAGAUUUUCCAACGGACAGCCCCUUUCCCCACAAUGGAAUUAUUGAGAUCAUCGAUGACGACGACAAGAAAUCUGCUUCCAACAAGUUUAAAAUUCAAAUUGAAAACAAGUCUAGUCAAAUACUUCACAAAUGGGAUGGCACUGAGCAACAAUUUACCGAUGGAGAAAUUUUUCGGUUUGAAAACGUACGUGGCUCAGACUUUAGGAAGAAAAUGGUGCUCAAUAAAAAGCCCAGCGAUAUCGAAAACAUAAAGUCGAUAAGUUUUGAUGUGACGAUCAGUGAUUGCGAUGAUCUCUCUGGAACAGAGGCACAGACGGUCUGUAGUGCCAAAGGAAGAGUCAUGAAGUCUGAUCCUAUAACAAUCAACGUAAAAGUUAGCGACGUCAAUACUGAGAUCCCUAACAUCUACGUGGCCGACGACGGUGUGCCGAAGUCGAUGGAAGAGAACACACCCCCUGACAGAACAAUUUUCAGUGUUUAUGCUAAAGACGACGAUAGAGAUGUCAUCAACAAAGUGACGAAGUUUUCUGUAGUUAGCUGUCUUUCUUCGUCAUCGCCUCAAAGCGAAUCCGGUUGCCCAUACUUUGAAGCAAAGCAAAUGGAGCUUUGUAAUAAUGCAAAAGAGUGCGAAGAACAGGCCGACAAAAUUGAUUUGUUCAACAGUGCAGACAUUGUCACAACAGGCUUGGCUGUUGACUACGAGUCUCUCCAUGAGCAUGACGAUCACCCCGGCCGAGGUCUAAUGGUUGUCGUAGAAGCUGUUAACCACAUUGCGCUGGAUGCUCAGAGCUCAAAAAAAGAGAUCUGGGUUACGGUCAGAGACAUAAACGAGGCCCCAAAACUACUUUCAAGAAAUCCUGGCGAUCUGCAUGUUCUCGAAAACCUUCAAAAUGAGAAAAUCAAAGGCGGUUGCAUUGAGAGUGAAGAUCCUGAAGAGGACGAAGUUGGAUACACAAUUAUCAAGGGCGACGAGUAUUUUACGAUUGACGAUAAAGGCUGUUUGCGAACUACUGUAAAUGACGAAACUUCCGACUGGAUCGACCGAGAAGCACAUGCCCUGCAUGAAACAACAUCUACGGGCGACAAAUUUAUCAAACUUUCUAUUCAAGCUUACGAAAAAAGAAAUGAUGGCAAAACUGCCCUGACAUCUGAGGUCAAGGAGUACGAUAUUCUUAUCGAUGAUGUAAACGACAAUGGCCCCGAACUUCCAAGCGUUCUUCGGACAUGCAGAACCCUGAAGAAAGAGAACAAUUAUCACAUGGUUGAUCUUGGCGAAAGCGAUCAAGACAACUGCCACGCGCCACACCUCAAUUGCGGUCCGUAUACUUUUCAAAAACAAGUUCUUGACCAAUCCGGAAACUCUCAUCCAAAGUUGGAGCAACUAGAGAUCGUGAACACCAAUGGAAGAUGGGCAAUUCAUUUUGUUGCGGAGUUUGCUGAAGGUGAAGAUACUUACAUUAUUGAGGGUGACGGUGACACUGGACACAAAAUCCAGAUCAUUGGAUCUGAUGGAGAUAAAAAGACGACAGUCGUCAAUAACGUUCAACUUAAUAUUUGCGACUGCCCUGCUGAUUCGAACGGGACUGCUUAUUGUAACGUGAAUGAUGCAAUUAUCGGGCCAGCUAAAAGUGGUUUCCCAUGGUGGGCAGGACUUAUCAUCGGGCUCGUAUGUCUGCUUCUUGUAAUUGCGACUCUUGUAACAACUAGAAGUCGAGGAGUGAAAUCAGACAUUGAGGAAAAGCCUUUCCUGGAUUACGAAGAUGACAUUACUGAAGGGCUUGGCUUUGACGAAAAAAUUGGAAUCAACCCACUACCAAAGGACGACUAUUAUAUUGAGCCAAGGAACGAGCAGCGUGGGGUUGCAGUCACAGUUAUACCAGAUCAACAAGUUUACGCUGCUAGACCCGAAUCAGAAGUCGUCCAUCAAGCCUCUACAGUUUCUUUUAUAUGUCAUCUUCAGCUGGCUUCGAUAAUCAACUGGUUUGCAUGCAGCUCCUGUAAAGAAAAUGCCGGCUUUCAACUCAGCAUUUCGAAGACAAAUCUCCUCAAUUUCUACAUCAAUGUUUUCUGCAACAAUUGCGACUGGUCAAAAGGAACAUGGCUUCUUCAAUCUGAAUUCAACGUUCUCUUCCAAACAGGAAAAACCGUGGUAGGAGUCGUCGAUACCCAAAUAAACCGUCUGUUCGCCUUCAUUGGAAUGUGCUGUACUACGGAAUCAGGCGAAGCACGGAUGCCAGACUUUCAACAUGGUGGAUCUACUGCCAAAGAGCUUCAAGACACAGUCGACCAAACCAUAAUUGAACUUUCUCAAGAGUCGAUGGUUCGCGCUAGAAACUCCCUCAUCUCAGAGACAAAGAAGGCAAAAGGAACAGCAAUAUCAGUCGCUGUGGACGGUUGUUACAAUGACACCGGACACAAGCGAAAUUCCGCCCAGGGCUGCAUUGUUUCUUGCGUCGCGAAUGUACGAGGUGUUUUCAAAGUCAUCGGAAAUGCAAUUGUGAAAAAGCCACAAGAAGUCAGCGAUGAAGUCCUGAAAUCAAGAGGCAAAGGAAGAAUAGCGCCAAGAGGAACCGUUUCAUCAAAUUUGGAGAAGAUUGGAACUCGUGAUGUCUUCGAAGGCACACUGCUACCCAUCCAUGAAGAAUUCCCCGGACACACAAUCAGAAUCGCUUGCGACAAAGAUGCUGGCAUCAGAAGUUCAAAGAAUACCAAUGUGUUCAUCGAUGAAGCAAGAAAAGACAAGUUGAUGAUUCCUGAAAAGAACCUGCGCUAUGUUGACGAUAGGUCCCACAUCAGCAAGAAUAUCUUCGGCACAGUCAAAAGGAAUUUCAAAACUGGCUCCUCUGCAACGAAAUUUACGCCGUACAUGAUGCUCGAGCUCUACAUAAGAAUCCGGUUGGCCACCGAAGUCAUAAUGGACAAAUGUGCCGCUGGUGAAUGGACCUUCGAGGACGCGAAGGCGAAAAUGAAGAAGACUGGACUUCACGCUUUCGGCGAUCACAGCAUGUGCGAUGGAAAUUGUCCAGAUAUGCCUCCGAUACUCCAACCUCAUGGUCAACUCACCAAAGAAAUGAUUGAGGAGUACGUCACCAAGUUCAUGGCAACCUACUUUGGCGACGAAUUCAUCAAGUCGCUAGUCGAUACUGGCUCCUCCUCACCUGUGGAGUAUUUUCAUGCACUGAUGAUCAGAAGAAGACUCUGGGUGAAAGGUACACAUGCAAGUGUGCUUUCACUCCGAUACGAAGUGGCAGCAGCUGUAUCAACCCUGAUUUACAAUGAAGGUCAGGACAGAGCAUUCAGGCUCAUCUUGAACAAGCUCAAACUUGCCGUUCCAGACAUUGGGCUAGAAAGAAUUCAUAGCCAGGAAGAAGAAAGAAAGAAGCAAACUGAAGAAAAAAUGAAGAAGAAGACAAAAGUUCAGGAGAAGCGACGAAGAAAUCAGAAGCAAUUCACGACUGGAGGCUAUGCGACUCAAGUUCAACGAGACAUUGAAGACUCCAGAAAAGUCGAAGUCAAAACGAAGGAGCAAGAAAAUUUGGAGAUUGAACCAUCAUUUGAAGAAGCUGAAGCCCUGCUGUCUAUGGGCAACGAAGAAGACGACGCUGUCAUUGUUGAGUGUUAA